ACCUACCGCUUCGUCAUGCAUGGCCCGACGGCGGGUUGCGCAGGCGCCGUGCACGCUCUCGCGACGCACUACUGCGGCGGUCGUGAACGUAUUUUCAAUUUAACGGUUAUUCUUAUUUCCACAACGUUUUGUUCCGCACUUGGAGCCUUCCUGACCACUGUUCGCAGUCGCCGUAGCCACUCCUUUAUUCGAAACGUCAACACACAACAACCAACAAACACGAGAAACGAUCAAGUGUUGACCCUUGUCAAUUCGACGUUCGUAUCCGUCGCGGCCAGUCACCAACAACGCUACUACCACGACAUCGCCGGACUGGAUGCGCGCCAUACACCACCACCCCCGUACCGGUUCCGUCGGUUGUCGCUCACUUCGUCUAAUCAAAAUCAACAAUAUCGUAUUAUUAUCGUCCUGGUCGCAGUAUUAUUAACGGAUCAAGUCCGCCGUGUGUCGGUAUUACUGUAUUAUUGUUUUUCUUUGACCGAUCCAACGGCUGAUAGUUUUUGUCAGAUAAACGGUGAUUUGCCACUUGUCAUCAUGUCGUCCAGGUCCAAAGAAGACGAAGUUAGAAUCCCAGAAAUGAUUUUCGAUAACAAGACCAACAGGAAGUAUCAGCGAGGCAAUUUUCUGGGAAAGGGAGGUUUUGCCAAAUGUUACGAAAUUAUAGACAUGAGAACAAAGGAAAUAUUUGCUGGAAAAAUUGUUUCCAAAAAAUAUCUUUUGAAACAUAAUCAAAAAGAUAAAAUGACCCAAGAAAUACACAUCCAUAGAAUGUUGAAACAUACAAAUAUUGUUAUGUUCCAUAGUUUUUUUGAGGAUAAUGAUUUUGUUUAUAUAGUUUUGGAACUUUGUCGUAAAAGGUCAAUGAUGGAGUUACACAAGAGAAGAAAAACUCUUACAGAACCUGAAACUCGUUAUUAUGUUUAUCAAAUUCUUGAAGGUACACUAUAUUUACAUCAACAAGGCAUUAUUCACCGUGAUUUAAAAUUAGGAAAUCUAUUUUUGAAUGAUGAAAUGGAAGUAAAAAUUGGAGAUUUAGGUUUAGCAGCUAAAAUUGAGUUUAAUGGACAACGUAAAAAAACUUUAUGUGGUACUCCUAACUACAUUGCUCCAGAAAUUCUUAGUAAAACUGGGCAUAGUUUUGAAGUAGAUGUAUGGUCCAUUGGCUGUAUUAUGUAUACACUACUGGUUGGUAAACCACCAUUUGAAACUAAUUCUUUGAAAGAAACAUAUGCUAAAAUUACAAAAUGUGAUUAUAAUCUACCUUCUACUUUACAUAAGAAUGCCAGUACUCUUAUUAAUAUGAUGCUUCAGUGUGAUCCUAAAAAGCGACCUCAGGUUUCUGAAAUAAUGAAAGCUGACUUCUUUACUACUGGUUAUAUGCCUAAAAAGUUACCAGCAUCUUGUCUCACAAUGGCUCCUCGCUUUGAUUCUAUUAACUAUAGAGAGUCGAUUUCUAAUCGCCGACCACUUAAUGAACUCAACAGUCCAAAAGCUAUUAUUAAAGCUAUUGCAAAACCCCAAGACCCGGUUAGUAAAUUACCAAUGUUUAAUAUACCAAACAAACCUACCAGUGGAAAUGGAGUAUCAGCCAAUGAGUGUAAAGAAUAUAUGAUAACACUCGAAAAAGAAUUAGAAAAAGUAUUGAAAUGUAAACCAUCCAUGAGAGGAAUGAAAAAUAUGGAAGAAAACACUGAUCCAGCUGCUCAACCUCUAAUUUGGGUCAGUAAGUGGGUAGAUUAUUCGGAUAAAUAUGGAUUUGGUUAUGAACUGUCUGAUGAUUGUGUUGGGGUUAUGUUCAAUGAUUUUACACGCAUUGUUCUAUUAGCUAAUUUCAAGGAUGUCCAUUAUAUAGAAAGAAGUGGUGCAGAACAAUACUAUACUGAAGAUAAUACUCCGCAGUCAUUAGAGAAGAAAAUGAAGUUAUUAAAUUACUUUAGGCGUUAUAUGAAUGAUCAUCUCAUUAAAGCUGGUGCUGAUGUAUUAGCUAAAGAUGCAGACCAACUUAGUCGUACGCCAUAUUUGUACCAAUGGUAUAGGUCUACUACAUCAGUUAUUAUGCAACUUACUAAUGGCACUUUACAAAUAAACUUCACGGAUCAUACUAAAGUGAUAUUAUGUCCAUUAAUGAAUGCUGUGACUUUUAUUGAAAAUAGUGUUUUCCGUACUUAUCGUUUUAAAACAAUUGCUGAACACGGAUGUAGUCCAGAAUUAGCUAAGUGCUUAGAAUAUGCUUACAGAAAACUUGGUUCUAUAUUAAAAGACAUAGAAGUGUAAUAAUUUAUUAAUUAUACUUGAAAUUUGACUAGUAUAUUUAAAUCAUUUAUAGUUAUUAUUAAAACAACUGUAUGUUAAAGGCAUUAUAUUUAAGAUUGUAAAUAAUUUAAUAAUAAUUCUCAUUCGUAUA